AUGGCUCAUUUUGUGUUUCUGCUUCUCGUCAUGGACGUGGUUUCCGGACAAAUCGCGUAUUCCAUCGCUGAAGAGGUAAAUAAGGGGACAUUUGUGGGAAAUAUCGCAAAAGAUAUGAACUUAAACGCACAUGAUCUGGAAUCGCGUAUGUUUCAGAUCGUGUCUGGACCAAACAAGAAAUAUUUCUCUGUAAAUCUGAAGACUGGUAUUUUGUUUGUAAAUGAAAGAAUCGACAGAGAGGAGUUGUGUCCGAAUGCGAUUAAAUGCUCGAUAAACAUCGAAGCCAUUGUUCAUAGUCCUUUAAAUUUGUUCCGUGUUGAGGUGAACAUAGUGGAUAUCAAUGACAAUGUUCCAUCCUUCCGUGUGAAAUCAAGACAUUUGAAUAUAUCAGAGUCGGCUUCUGUAGGGGACAGAUUCCCAUUGCCGAGGGCGUCUGAUCCUGACGUGGGCAGCAACUCUGUGAAAAGCUACAAGCUGAGUCCGAAUGAACACUUCUCUCUGGAUGUACAGAGCGGUGGAGAACAGAGUGUGUCUGCUGAGCUAGUGUUGCAGAAAGCUUUAGACCGAGAGAAACAGUCUUUGAUUCAGCUCCUACUGACUGCUGUUGACGGAGGAAAACCUCCCAGAUCCGGGACAUUACAAAUUAUUGUUAAUGUUAUGGAUACGAAUGACAACACGCCCUUUUUUAAACAACCACUCUAUAAAGUACGAAUCUUUGAAAAUACACCCCGAGGCGCGUUGGUAGUCACUCUGAACGCGACAGAUCUGGACGAGGGUAUAAAUGGUAAAAUACGAUACGAUUUUUUAAACCAGGAAAAUGAGGAUAAUGGUGUUCACAUGUUUAGUAUAAAUCCUGUCAAUGGUGAAAUCACCGUGAAAGGCGACAUUGACUAUGAAGAAAACAAUGCAUAUGAAAUUCAUGUGCAGGCAAAGGAUGAAGGUGCGAACCCUCUAGCCUCUCAUUGUAAAUUAUUAGUUGAAGUCGUUGAUGUGAAUGAUAAUGCUCCAGAAAUAUCGGUGACCUCGCUUGUCAGUGCAGUUAGAGAAGACGCCGGUAAAGACACUGCACUUGCGUUAAUAACGGUGGUCGAUAAGGAUACAGGGCAGAAUGGAAAUGCACAUUGCUUUAUAUCUGAAGGGCUUCCUUUUAAACUACAGUCGUCAUACAAUAACUAUUACACUUUAGUGGUUAACGGGCCUCUGGACAGAGAGGUCAGAUCUCAGUAUAAUGUCACCAUCUCUGCCACAGAUGAAGGGACUCCGCCUCUCUCCAGCACCAGUGUUAUCACUGUACAUGUUUCUGACGUGAACGACAACGCGCCGCGCUUUCCGGACCCUGUGAUUAACGUGUAUUUGAAAGAAAACAGCCAAGUGGCGUCUGCCAUCUACACAGUUUCUGCCCUUGAUCCGGAUUUAAACGAAAACGCUAAAGUUACGUAUUCGUUGUUGAAGAGCUACGGUAGGGAUGUCUCUCCUCCGUCAGCUAUCAAUGUGAACUCUGUCAGUGGUGAGAUAUACAGUCUGCAAUCUUUUAACUACGAGGAAGUUAAAACGUUCCAGUUUCAAGUUCAAGCCACCGACUCUGGUGUUCCUUCUCUAAGCAGCAACGUGACAGUAAACGUUUUUAUCUUGGAUGAGAAUGACAACAGUCCUGUGGUUCUCCCGCCCUAUUCUGACCAGGGCUCCGUUAAUACUGAGAACAUUCCCUAUUCUGCUGAAGCGGGCUACUUUGUGGCCAAGAUCAGGGCUGUAGACGCAGACUCUGGUUACAAUGCGCUGCUUUCUUAUCACAUCACUGAACCCAAGGGCAGCAGCCUCUUCCGAAUCGGAAGCAGCACCGGGGAAAUAAGGACUAAGAGGCGAAUGAGUGACAAUGACUUGAAGACUCAUCCAUUGGUGGUUUUGAUUUCUGACCACGGAGAACCUUCCCUCUCAGCGACUGUGUCUAUUGACGUUGUGGUUGUUGAAGAUGGUAGUGAAGUUGGCAUACAGACGUCAUUCAAACAGCUGCCUGCCAAGGAGGCGAGUUUCUCUGAUUUAAAUCUCUAUUUACUCAUCGCCAUUGUCUCAGUGUCAGUUAUAUUUUUGCUAUGUCUCAUUAGUUUAAUAGCUGUAAAGUGCCACAGGACUGAUGGUGAGUUGAGCAAGUACAGCGCCCCAGUGAUCACCACACACCCUGACGGGAGCUGGUCUUACUCCAAAUCUACUCAGCAGUAUGACGUGUGUUUUAGUUCAGACACACUGAAGAGUGACGUUGUGGUUUUCCCUACGCCAUUUCCGCCUGCUGAUGCGGAGCUCAUCAGUAUUAAUGGAGCAGACACGUUUAAACGGAACCAAACUCUCCCCAACAGCGAGAAGGUAUAG